AAAAACAAAAGCUAGAGAUGCUCUAAUCUCUCUCUCUUGGCCAGUCACUGUCGUUGAGCCAAGCCUCUUACAGUCUCACUCCCUCUCUCUCUCUCUCUCUCUCUCUGGAGAUCGAAACAAAACCAAACUUACGAUGCCGCCAACCCCAACGCCGUUAAGCAGCGCCUCCGCGAUGCUCCGCCGGCGCCUCUUUCCGUCGCUCCGAACACGCGGCGGCGGGUCGUCCUCCUCCCGGUGGACGAGCGCGGGCCACGAGGAGCAUCCCAAGGGGUUACCCUUCAAUCGGACACCGCCACCACCAGGAGAAUCUCGCAAGUGGGAAGAUUGGGAACUUCCAUGCUACAUCACCAGCUUCCUCACCAUCGUGAUUCUCGGCGUUGGUCUCAAUGCUAAGCCCGAUUUGACCAUCGAAACCUGGGCACAUGAGAAAGCCCUUGAGCGUCUCAGGAUGGAGAGCAGCCUCGCCGCCAAUAGCGAUUCCGCAGAAUCGUCUUGAAUUCAGAUCGGAAUUCGGAAUCGACGAACACUGGUUUGGAUUUUCAGGUUUUCAAAGAGACAAAUAAAACUAGGUUGGGUGUAAUAAUGGUAUAACUGACAAAUUUCUGAGCAUUGUUAAUUCUAGUUUUCUCAUGUUAAUUUUUGCUGAUGCUUUAUGUUAUGAGAUUGUUGACUCGCUUUUUGUGAUUAUUAUCGUUUUGUUGAAUGUGGAUAAGGCAUUCCUGAGUUA